AUGGACGGCAGCUUCCAGCCACCGCAUGGCGCCGCUGCAGGCCUUCCAGGGGGUCCCCCACCCAUAGUUGCGGGGCCUCCCCCUCUAGCAGGCAUGCCGUCUGGAGGCUUCCCAGGGGGCCCCUCCACCGGCGGACCGCUUCCCCAUUUGUUGCCGGGCUUGCCGUAUGGCGCGCAGCCUUUGUUACCCCAUGGCGGGGGGCCUGGUUUCGCUGCUCCCCCCUUAGGCCCCCCGCAUGCACUAGGCCCCUCAGCUGGGGGCCCCGAAGAAGGCGGGGGCCCUUCAGGGGCCCCUCCAUCGUGGACUCUGGAGGGUCGCGGUCGGGCAGAAGCAACCCCACGCCAGGGUGUCGCGGGAGGCCGAAAUCUCUACAUCCACAACGUGUCUAAGGAGGCGCGAGAAGCAGACGUGAAGGCGUUUUUCUCUCAGUGCGGAGAGGUUGAGAGUGUGGCCCUUAGAGUGAAUCAAAGGGUGGGGCCAAAUGCGGUGUAUGCGUUCGUCCUCUACAAGAGUCCGGAGGAUGCUAGGCUCUGCUUUGAGACCCUCAACGGCAAAACAUUCAUGGGCCGCUGCAUCCGCGUGGAGUACCAGAGGGGGCGCACAGGCGGUCGCAGCAGCGCCGCAGAUGAUGCUGCGUCUGAAGCGAGUAGCGAGGUGUAUCCAUCCGGUACUGGUGGUGGGGGGGGGGGGGCCCCUAGCACAAGCAAUACAAGAGGGCCUCCUAGGGGCAAACAGCCGGAGAGGGGAGCACCCGGAAGCAGCAGAGAUUGGGAAAGACGAGACCGACAAGGCCUGAGAUCCGCGGAGGAAGAGCGGAGGGAUAAUAGGGAGUCCUCUAGAUCGAAGGAUUGGGGCCAUGAAGAAGAUGCGUUUUAUCGGAGGGACGGCCCCAACGAUCUUGUGGCAAUGCAGCAGCAGCAGCAACAGCAUCUGAAGGUGGAUGCUCCUGCUUCCCGCGAGCCGCUGCUGCUUUUCCCACUGUUGCAGCACCAUCGAGCGCGUCAAGGCCUCUCUUCCCCGAAAGCCUUUGCAACUGGCGGUGCAACUGGCAUGGCUGCCUCAGUAUCGGGGGGCACCAAAGGUAGUUCCAGUGGCGCUGGAGCCCAGUGGCGCUGGUGUUUGGGGAGGAACGACCGGAAGAAGGUUGUCGUUUUCGCUCUAUGCUUGCAGGGCAAAGUGCCCCUAGAGACGCAACAAUUGCAAAGCCUUCUAAAUGUCAGCCAUCGAAGCAAGUGCGACGAACUCGCGUCUAAGCCAAUGGAAGCGGCGGUCCUUCUGCAACCCGCAACCCCAGAAAACGAGGCACCCUUCCAGGAAUAUGUCUCUUACUUUAGGUCCAAAGAGAGGGCAGGAGUCGCCUGUCUCCCAGGUGGCGUGUAUUUGUAUUUGGUGCCACCUGGAUUCCAAGUCUUUGACAAAUAUAGGCCGCUCUUUCCACUACAUCUUCGGAACAGCAACGCGGUAAUGGUCGGGCUUCUCGGCCCCCCUCCCACUGCGGCAGGUGCAAGUGCUGCUACCGGCACCGCACAAGCGGCAAAUGAACAGCAACAGCAGCAGUGGCAACAGCAACAAUCCCCAGGAGCUGCACCACAGCAGACAACAGCAAACUGGAUGCAGCAACUGAGCAACAUGGCGGCUUUCUUAGGGGCAAAAAAAUAG